UCCCCUGUCUCCCGGGUCUCUUGAGGAGCCCAGGAAGGAGGCUCGGGUAGUGCCGCCGGGCCACGGGCUGCCGCGACCGGAUUGCAGCCGUUGUUAGCGGGUCAUGUCGGCCGCCCAGGGCUGGGACAGGAACCGCCGGAGGGGAGGAGGCGCCGCAGGCGGUGGCGGCGGCGGCGGCGGAGGUAGCGGGGCUGGCGGGGGCAGUGGGGGCAGCGGGGGUCGGGGGACCGGCCAGCUCAACCGCUUCGUGCAACUCUCCGGGCGGCCGCACCUGCCAGGCCACAGACCUCCACCAGCACGAAGCGGACAUCGUUGUGUGGCAGAUAAUACCAAUCUAUAUGUGUUUGGAGGUUAUAACCCAGAUUAUGAUGAAUCAGGAGGGCCAGAUAAUGAAGACUAUCCUCUCUUCAGGGAGCUUUGGAGGUAUCAUUUUGCUACAGGAGUAUGGCACCAGAUGGGCACAGAUGGCUACAUGCCCCGAGAAUUGGCAUCUAUGUCACUUGUGCUGCAUGGAAACAACCUGUUGGUGUUUGGAGGAACAGGCAUCCCAUUUGGUGAGAGCAACGGCAAUGACGUCCAUGUCUGUAACGUGAAGUAUAAGAGAUGGGCUUUACUCAGCUGUCGGGGGAAGAAACCCAGUCGUAUAUAUGGACAGGCCAUGGCUAUCAUCAAUGGCUCCCUUUAUGUCUUUGGAGGGACAACUGGCUAUAUUUACAGCACAGACCUGCACAAAUUAGAUCUCAAUACCAGAGAGUGGACACAACUGAAACCAAACAACCUAUCCUGUGAUCUACCAGAAGAGAGAUACAGACAUGAAAUUGCACAUGAUGGGCAGAGGAUUUACAUCUUGGGAGGUGGUACUUCUUGGACAGCUUAUUCCUUAAAUAAGAUUCAUGCAUAUAACCUUGAAACGAAUGCAUGGGAGGAAAUUGCAACAAAACCCCAUGAAAAAAUAGGUUUUCCUGCAGCCCGAAGAUGUCACAGUUGUGUUCAGAUAAAAAAUGAUGUGUUUAUUUGCGGGGGCUAUAAUGGAGAAGUGAUCCUGGGAGAUAUCUGGAAGCUGAAUCUGCAGACUUUUCAAUGGGUAAAGCUCCCAGCUACCAUGCCAGAGCCAGUUUAUUUUCACUGUGCAGCUGUUACACCAGCUGGUUGCAUGUACAUUCAUGGAGGAGUGGUGAACAUCCACGAAAAUAAACGGACUGGGUCGUUGUUUAAGAUCUGGCUGGUGGUUCCUAGCCUGCUGGAACUGGCGUGGGAGAAGCUGCUUGCGGCCUUCCCCAACCUAGCAAACCUCUCCCGGACACAGCUUCUGCACCUUGGACUCACACAGGGACUCAUCGAGCGCUUGAAAUGAGGAUUUCUGGACUGUUCAUUGAUACUGGAAAUGUUAAUUUAAAGAGACUCCUUUAUUUAUGGGCAGUGUAGAAUGUGCUACAGAGAGGAUUGGUUACCCUGAUCAAGGCCUUAUUCAGAAAAUACAUCAGAUGCCUUUCUGUAAAUUGUUUUAAGUUUAUGGAAUCUCACUUUCCCUCGUGCUUUUUUCUUUGCUUCUCUCCCUUCUGCCCCAGUACACACACACAUACUCACAUACUCCCUCUUCCUUGAUGGAGUUGAGGGAAAGUCUGAAAGUACCUUAAUAAUGUUAUGAAUCAAGAUAAGAUAAAGAAAAUUUUAAAGGAACUCUAAACAUAUGACCCUGUCAGGCAGUGCUCUAUAAAUUAAAGCAACAUCAUCAAUAGAAACAAAAAUUAAAUUAAAAAAAUUAAAUCCAGCAACAACAACAGGAAGUUUUGGGGAUAGAACAAGAAGGCUAACCUUGAGACUCUUGCAGAUUAUAGGGAAAGCUAGAUGUUUAACUUCCUGUUUUCAAAGGUACAUCUAAUUGAGCAGCUGGAUCUAAUGGCAGCGGUGGUUGAUGUCUUGCUGCCUAGGUGCCCAAACCGAUCCUUUGACUUUAGAGAAAAGUCCAGCAGCUCAGCAGUUCUUGAUUAGUGAUUUCUUUUCUCAUCCUUAUGGUGCCAGCAGUGGUUAGAGUUGACUUGUCUAAAGACUUUAUUGUGUGUUAUAGUUGUGCUGUUUGUUGUUGCUCUUAGAAAUUAUGGCACCAAGAACAUUUUAAAUCAAGAAAUUUAUGGUGGUCAAAGUUCUUCGUUCUGGGCAGUUUUGAAAUUCUCCUAUGCUUAUUAAUCGUUUCAAGUAUCUUUUUUACUUCAUUGUGGGGGAUUGCAGACCCUAAGUGUGUGGCAUAAAUGCUGUGGGACAUAAAUGUAAGUUCAUGAGAGGCCGGAGUAGAGCAGGGCAGGGAGGGCUUCUGCUCUGGGCUGUGAGCUUUGACUGUCAUAUUGGCCAUUUCCUUUCAGAACUGUUUCUUUUUUUUUUUUUCUUUAUUGGAGUAUAAUUGCUUUACAAUGGUGUGUUAGUUUCUGCUUUAUAACAAAGUGAAUCCGUUAUACAUAUACAUAUGUUCCCAUAUCUCUUCCAGAACUGUUUCUUUUCUCACUCUGGGCCAUGCACCUACUGUAUUCUCAGGCAAUGGGUUUUAUCUCUAGAAAGCCAGUUGGCCCUUGAUUUUUCUCUUAGCUUUUUGCCUCAUUUUCUGUCUGCUUUAAUGUGCAUGGUGCUGUGAGUAAUUGCCUAGUAACUGGAUAAAAGGUCUUGGGGAAAAGCCACAGGUCAUUCUUCCUGAAGGACUAAGUAUCAUUUUUAAAACUAGCAUGAGGAAGGAAUGAAACUGAGGAUCAUUCACUUUUUGGUGUGAAAUUUUAGUUCUGGUUUGUUUUGUGUUGUAUUUUAAUUCUAAAAAAGAAAUGACCUAAAUUUUUACUUGCUUUGCCAUCAGGCUGCUAGAGUGGUCACUGAGACAUGAGCAGUUGGAAGUCCUUCGGUGUAUGAAAGGUGCUAAAGGUGUGCAAGAGGGCACAGUGCUGAUCAUUCUGUUGGUUACGUCAUAACAGGAGACUCAGAGGGGAGACUAGGGACAUGUUUUUGCUUUAAGUGCCUCUUUUUCGCUUAGCUUUUAAAAUUAUUCUUCUUCUUCCUUCGUCCCAGAAGGGAAUCUCUUAGGCUCAGUGUGAAUUUAAAAUCACCUUUGACUUAUGGCUAAAAAGUUACCAUCUAGUGUUCAGUUCUGGGGAAGAGAAAAAUGUGGCCUCUAGACUUGGACUCCUAACCUCCAGGCCUUAUUAUAACCUCCCAUCCAUGUGGGGUUGAGUUCAUAGAGCCUGUGUUCUGCAAGGUCUCGUAACAACCUUUCAUCUGUGAGUUUGGGUCCUUUUGGGGGAGUGAGGGGGUAGGAGGGAGGCAGGGAAAGGAGCAACUACUCCAGAGGCCCCGCCCCCCUCUUGCCAUGACCAGUCUGGCCUUUAACUUCUUACCACUCACUGCUAGGCUUGUUCCAGUGAGGAGCUCUCUCCAGAGCAGGUCAGUCUGAGCAGCUCCAUUAGUUCAAAACAAAGCUUUGCUGCAUGACUCCAAUCUAGUCUCUGGAUGUUUGGGCGGAAACUAUCCAUAAUUAAACAAGUCACACUACCCAGGGUGGCAAAAGGAUAUUUGUCCUGGAUUUUUUUUUUUUUAACAUCUUUAUUGGAGUAUAAUUGCUUUACAAUGGUGUGUUAGUUUCUGCUUUAUAACAAAGUGAAUCAGCUAUACAUAUACAU